AUGAGUUUGGGCAAGCAAUCGCAACCGCACUCACAGUCGUCUUCUCCGAUGUUGUUCUCUUUACAGGGAUCGCUAUUGACUCUCGCCAUCUUCACUUUGCUUUCCUUCACCUACUUCUCUCUCAAUUCCGUCCAUUUCUCCUCCUCCCCCACCAUUCACAUCUCGGCCGAUACAAAUGAGCAGUUUUCCGAUAUCUACCACUCGCCGGAGGUGUUUCGGUUGAAUUUUGCCGAGAUGGAAGCGAAAUUCAAGGUCUACAUAUACCCCGACGGCGAUCCAAAGACGUAUUACCAGACGCCUAGGAAGCUCACUGGCAAGUACGCCAGCGAGGGCUACUUCUUCCAGAAUAUCAGAGAGAGUCGGUUCCGUACGGACGAUCCGGAUCAAGCUCACCUCUUCUUCAUCCCUAUCUCCUGCCACAAGAUGCGAGGCAAGAAUACAACUUAUGACGAAAUGACCGUGAUUGUUCGGGACUAUGUGGAGAGCUUGAUAUUCAAGUAUCCUUACUGGAACCGAACCCUAGGUGCAGACCACUUCUUUGUCACGUGUCAUGAUGUUGGGGUGAGGGCAACGGAAGGAUUUCCACUUCUUGUAAAGAAUUCGAUUCGAGUUGUGUGCUCCCCUAGCUAUGACGUUGGGUUCAUUCCACACAAAGAUGUUGCCCUUCCUCAAGUACUCCAGCCAUUUGCUCUUCCAGCUGGAGGAAACGAUGUGGAAAACAGGACAACCCUCGGUUUUUGGGCCGGUCAUCGGAACUCCAAAAUUAGAGUUAUACUGGCACGAGUGUGGGAGAAUGACACAGAACUUUACAUAUUGAACAACAGAAUAAAUAGGGCUGAAGGGAAUUUGUUAUAUCAAAAGAAAUUUUACAACACCAAGUUCUGCAUAUGUCCUGGCGGUUCCCAGGUCAACAGCGCUCGUAUAACUGACUCAAUCCAUUAUGGAUGUAUUCCUGUAAUAUUAUCAAAUUACUAUGACCUGCCGUUCAAUGACAUUCUCGAUUGGCGAAAAUUUGCUGUCAUACUUACUGAGAAGGAUGUGUAUAACCUUAAACAAAGUCUUAAGGAUAUACCGUAUUCAGAGUUUCUUACACUUCACAAAAACUUGGUUAAGGUCCAGCAGCACUUCCAGUGGAAUUCACCGCCCGUCAAAUAUGAUGCAUUCCACAUGGUCAUGUACGAUCUUUGGUUGCGCCACCAUGUUAUCAAAUACUGA